UAAAGAGUGGAGCGGCAACUAUUUCUGCUUGUGUUAAGCGACAGCCAAAGAGUUGGAACGUUGAAGAAUGAGAACCGCCGCAGUAGCCUUCCUUAAGCAAUGCAAAAACUAUUACCACUUCAAACCUUGUCUUCUCGAAACCACUAGAAGCUUCUUCCUUUCUUCUGCUUCGGUCUAUCCAAAGCCCUUUACGACUCCCCUUCAAGUGAGAUCAAUAGCUGCUGAAGCUGAAAAUGUUGCUGGGUUUGAUGAGAUGGUUGCUGGGACCCACAGGAAAUAUUACAUGCUAGGUGGUAAAGGAGGGGUUGGGAAAACAACCUGUGCUGCUUCUCUUGCUGUGAAAUUUGCAAACAAUGGACACCCCACAGUGGUGGUCUCCACUGACCCUGCCCACUCUUUGAGUGAUUCUUUUGCCCAGGAUUUGACUGGUGGACAUCUUGUUCCUGUUCAAGGAGUUGAAUCUCCACUGUUUGCUCUUGAGAUAAACCCUGAGAAAACUAGAGAAGAAUUCCGUUCUGCGAGUCAAGGAAGAAGUGAAAAUGAAGUUAGAGAUGUGAUAAGCAGUAUGGGCCUUGGAAUGCUUGCUGACCAACUAGGGGAUCUGAAGCUGGGAGAGUUAUUGGACACUCACACUCCUCCUGGUAUGGAUGAAGCUAUUGCAAUUUCCAAGGUUUUGCAAUUGUUUGAGUCACAAGAGUACAGUAUGUUUACUCGUAUAGUUUUCGAUACUGCUCCCACGGGUCAUACGCUUCGGCUUCUUUCGUUUCCUGACUUUAUGGAUGCAUCUAUUGGCAAAAUGAUGAAGAUAAAGAAGAAGUUAGCUUCCGCGAGUUUGGCCGUCAAAUCUCUUUUGGGGAAAGUAGAGAAGCCACAGGAUGCUUCGGAGUCAGACAAACUGGAGCGAUUAAAAGAGAGGAUGACAAAAGUGAGAGACCUUUUCCGUAACUCGGUCACUACAGAGUUUAUCAUAGUCACAAUUCCAACGGGUAUGGCAAUAAGUGAGUCAUCAAGGUUGAAAGCAUCCCUUAGCAAAGAACAUGUUCCUGUCCAGAGGCUUGUUGUAAAUCAGGUUUUACCACCAUCUUCGCCGGACUGCAAGUUUUGUGCGGUGAAAAGGAAGGACCAGAUGCGCGCCAUCAAAAUGAUCCAGAACGAUCGGGAACUCGCCAGUCUGAGACUAAUCCAGGCACCCCUGGUGGACGCAGAGAUACGGGGAGUUCCAGCUCUUAAAUUCAUGGGAGAUAUGGUUUGGAGAUAAAAACUUAUCUUUCCAGGAAAUAGAGUUUGGCAAGUUUGAGGGGAUGCUACUUUUUGGCUCUGAUCUACAUGAGCUUCAAUAAUGUUGGAGCAUAGGGUAAAAGUGAAGAUGAUAUACCGACCGCGCAGCUUCCAAAAAUAACUCAAUUCUUUUUAUUUUUCAUUUCAAUGAGUUGAACAGUAAAAGGAAAUGCCAAAGGUCAGAAAAACUGUUUUUUCUUGGUAUUAUCCAUCAGAAAACAUAGCCAAGCCAAUCAAAAUGGCAGUA